UGGCCGUGGUGCGGGGCCGCCUGGCGCCCGCCUACCCCGCCGGCCUGGGAGCCUUUGGCGUCUACCUGCGCGGCUACCACGGCGCGCUGGCCGAGUGGCUGGGGACCUCCGCCCGCCGCAGGCUGCCGCUGGCCGACCGCUACGCGCUGCUGCACUGGCACAACCAGGUGUACCCCAGAGAGGUCCUAGGGCUGGUGGACAUGGUCGCCCUGGAGAACGGGGAGCUGGGGCCCCUUCUGUCCCCUGGCACCCUGCGGGGUUUGGAGGAUGAAUGUGUCACAGACGUUAAGGCUCAGACCCGGGCAGCCCUUCUUCGGGUGCUGCAGGAGGACGAGGAGCGCUGGGGGAGCACGGAGGAGCAGCCCAGCAGCCUGGCCCAGGACGUGUGCGAGCUGCUGGAAGAGCAUACAGAGCGAGCGCCCCGCAUCAGCCAGGAGUUCGGGGAGCGGAUGGCUCACUGCUGCCUGGGGGGGCUGGCAGAGUUCCUGCAGAGCUUCCAGCAACGCGUGGAGCGAUUCCACGAGAACCCAGGAGUCCGCGAGCUGCCACCUGACACCUAUAUCAGCAGGACCAUCGGCCUGGUCAACUGUGGCCCCCCGCUGAGGGCUCUAGCCGAGCGCCUGGCCAGGGUGGGGCCCCCUGAAAGUGAGCCGGCCCGGGAAGCUUCGGCCAGCGCUCUGGAUCGAGUGACCCGGCUCUGCCAUCGUGUCCUGGCUGACCUGCUGUUCCAGGAACUGCAGCCGCACUUCAAGAAGCUGAUGCGCCGGAAGUGGCUCAGCAGCCCGGAGGCCCUGGAUGGCAUCGUGGGCACGCUGGGCGCUCAGGCCCUGGCACUGCGCCGGAUGCAGGACGAACCUUACCAGGCGCUAGUGGCCGAGCUGCACCGGCGGGCGCUGGUGGAGUACGUGCGGCCCCUGCUCCGCGGGCGCCUGCGCUGCAGCUCGGCGCGGACCCGCAGCCGCGUGGCCGGGAGGCUCCGGGAGGACGCGGCGCAGCUGCAGAGGCUGUUCCGGCGGCUGGAGUCGCAGGCGUCGUGGCUGGACGCCGUGGUGCCCCAUUUGGCCGAAGUCCUGCAGCUGGAAGACACGCCCAGCAUCCAGGUGGAGGUGGGCGUGCUGGUGCGCGACUACCCAGACAUCAGGUGCAAGCACGUGGAGGCCCUCCUUGACAUCCGGGGCCUGCGAAACACGACUGCCCGCCAGGAGAUCCUGGCUGUCGCCCGGGACCUGGAACUCUCUGAGUGGGGAGACCUGUCACCCCCUCGGGACCGUGCCUUCUUCGCAGACAUCCCCAUGCCCCGCGCGUCUUUCUGCCUCAGCCUCCCUCUCUUCCUGGGCUGCCUCCCCGUCUCCCGGCUGGCCAGGCCCAAUCUGGCCUGUCUGCCCCGGCCCAGGCCUCCGUCUCCGGCUCGGCCCCGGGCCCGACGCUGAGGCCCCUCCCAGCCCUUGACCUGGGUGCCCCCAUCUGCUGCUGACAAGCCGUCCUCGAGCGUGGCCUCCUCCUGACGCCUGGCCCGGGACUGCAGACCCCUGGGAUGGGAAGACCCUUAGAGGUCUUCUCACCCAACCCCGAAGUCAGAAGGGAAACAGAGGCCAGAAGGAACGAGGACUUUCCCAAGGCUAGGUAGCCCGUUCCCAGCACCCCCAUUCCCGCCACUGCCCAGUGUGGUAGGUGGCGUUCUGGAAGGCUCUACAGAAAUAUCCCAGCGCCGCCCCCCCCUUUCCCCUCACCUCAAGGUCUGGCCCAAAUCCAAUGUAUUAAGGAAUGUUCGA